AUCCUGGCUUCUAUCUUUUACAGGAUGAAAUUGAAAUACCAAAUGGCUUUAAUAAUAGUAAACGUAUUUAGCAAAAAAAAUUAAUAUUGUAUGUAAUUAAGUUAUUUUCAUAUAUUUUUUUUGGUGUGUCAAGAUCUUCCGGAACCAAUAGUAGUGGUGUUGAAAAAAUGUCACUCACUUCUUUUGGAAAUAUUUCCUGAUUCCGUCUGUAAAUUAACAACACUAGGUUUACUUUCUAUCUGAUUUCAAGAUUACUAAUACCCAUAUAUAUACAGUAAUUAAAUUUCUUUGGAAUAAUGCAAUAAAACUUGCGAAAAUCAUGAUGCCUUUUACAGUUUCUGCCUUAUGCCGGAAUUUUCGUAGACGCUUUUUGUUUGCAAAAACAUUAUCGAAUUUACGAAUUAGUUUAGCCAUAACAGGCUGUAAUUUAGAGCAGACAAUUAUUGAAAACAAUUAUAUUAUCAGACCUUUGCAUGUAACUAGUUGUACCCAAAGUAAAAAUGAGACGAAAGAAACGCAAGUUCCUAACACGAAGCAAAAUGGAGAAACUGAUGCAGUAAAAUUAUCCGAAAAAAUAUUGAAAAGUAAAGAAUUGCGUAAUAUAAUUGUUAAGACUGAGACAGAUGAUAAUAAAUUAGUGACAAAAGUGACAAUAGAAAAACCAAAAGAAUCAAGUUCAUCACUUGAUAAAUCUGUUACAACAGAACAAGCUAUAGCACCACCAGUAAAAAAAAGAUUAUUGAUUGAUUUCUCUGCCUCAUAUACUGAAAGAAAUUUCAUUACUCCAAUGAGGGCAAUGACAGAAUAUUUAUUGAAGCAGUCAGACUUAGAAUCACUACCAAAGGUCCUUCGUAGAUCUCCUUAUGAAUCAGAACCACCUAUUACAGUGUAUUAUAGAAAAGAUGUUGAUGCAAAAGCAAUAGAAGUAUGGGGUUCAAAAGAAAAUUUGGAAAAAGAGUUGCUAAGGAGAGAAAUAGACAGGAGAAGAUAUGAACAAGAUGUGUUUACUGUGAAAAGAAGGUUGAGAAACUAUAGACGGGAAAUGGGUCAUAAGCGUCUUAAACAUGGAGUUGAGGAGAUGGGACUAAAAACUGUGUCUGGACGAGUUGUUCUCACUGCUAUUGGAAUCAAUGGAUGUAACUUCUUGUUCAAGUUGUGUGCUUGGCUGUACACUGGCUCUCACAGCAUGUUUUCAGAGUGUAUACACUCUCUCGCUGAUACAGUCAAUCAGCUUAUACUGGCUUAUGGAAUACACAAAUCAGUUCAGAUUGCAGACCCCGAUCAUCCGUACGGGUACACCAACAUGAGGUACGUGUCCUCGCUGAUCUCCGGCGUCGGUAUAUUCUGUGUGGGUUGCGGCCUCUCAUUUUAUCACGGCGUUACCGGCAUUUUGGACCCGCAGCCCUUGCAUGACUAUUAUUGGGCCUAUUUCGUCCUGGGUGGAGCAGUGGUAUCCGAAGGCGCCACACUGAUGGUCGCUCUGAAUGCCAUCAAGAAAGGUGCGAAGGAGGCCAAUAUGUCUCUCUAUGACUACAUAAUGCGCAGUUCGGACCCGUCGGUGAAUGUGGUGCUGUUCGAGGACAUGGCUGCCGUGGCAGGCGUGGUCGUUGCGGGCAGCUGCAUGGCCCUCUCGCAGUACUCGGGCAGCCCGCUGCCGGACGCCGUCGGCAGCCUGCUCGUGGGCUCGCUGCUCGGGGGCGUGGCCUCCUUCAUCAUACUCAGCAACGUCGGCGCUCUGGUCGGCAGGUCCAUACGUCAGGAGCAACUGGAUGAAAUCAACAGCGUUCUGGAGCGAGACUUUAUGAUUCGGGCCAUUCACGACGUGAAGGGGAUCGACAUUGGCAGUAACCUCAUCCGAUAUAAGGCUGAAGUUGAUUUUGACGGAAGAGCGCUGACGAGAUCGUAUUUAGAAAAGCACGAUUUAAAUCUAUUGCUAGAGGAUAUGAAGAAAAUUCACACGAUAGAUGACGUUGAAGCAUUUCUUCUAAAGCAUGGCGAAAAUAUUGUGGACAUGCUGGGGGGUGAAAUAGAUAGGAUAGAACUUAAGUUGAGGAAAAAGUUUCCGCAAAUACGGCACUGUGAUUUAGAGAUAUUGUAAAUAUUGAGACUUAACUAAUGGAUGUAGUGUAAUGUAUUGGUGUAUUAACAAAGUAUCUACUAAGUAAUAAAUAAUUUAAAUAAAAUUAAGGUGCGAAUACACUUGGUUCUUGAUGCUGCAGACCAACCGACUCAUCUCGAUAUUACAAUACAUAUAUUAGCUUGAGUAUAUUUAUCUUUGUAUGCGUCUACGAGUGCCUGUUUAAUACUUAGAUAACGACGGGUGGCGGAGCUAGUAGUCUCGAAGAAGGCACACGAAACAUUCAUCUUAAAUCAGGUGACGGGUGCAGUUCGAUACUAUCAUGGUCGUUCUGCCAUGAGAUGCAACUCAGUAUGUAUAUAGUUUUUAGCAGGUGAUGUGAAUAAUUAAAUGUUGGGUUGGAUAUAAAAAUCAAUACAAAAAUUGUUUAGAGGUUUGAUCACUUUUACUUCUACACCUAUGUUGAUAGUUACUCACAAAAUAUUUUUCUCCACAGUCACUUCCAUAAUAUAGUUAUGCCUUGUAUUCACUCGUUUUGGCGCCAGCCUACCUUCUGUGAUUUUCUCGUAUAAGUGUAGCCUAUUACUCACUAUGUUACUUACACAUACACAUUUAAAUGUGCCGUUUAUUUGAAUUAUAAAGUUAGACUACUUUUUUAUGGACGAGGAUGACAGUCGAGCGGUAUAUAAAAGAAUCACAAGAACGUUGCCAGCCUUUUAGAUUGGUGUACGCGCUUUUUGGAAGGUCCUACCCAGAGGAACGCCACACAUCCAGAUAGUGUGAUUGAUAUCCUAAUUUGUGGUGAUUGGUUCCUACGAACGGCGAAAUUCGGCGGCAGGAAGCAGGUGAAACAGCUCUUCGGAACACUCGCCGCGAUAAAUGCGGUAGAAGACACGCAAUGAAGCAACGCGACGUUUUAGCGUAACGCCAAGUGAUCUAGCCGUUAACAUGGAACUGCAUCUCCGAAAACUCGAGGAGGUCUGAGUUUUACGCGGUCAAAUGGUUCGAGCAAUUAUGUAGCUGGACCUGCGCUUUGUAGAGCGCUAGAAUUUGGGCCGGCUUGAAGUAUUGCAGACGUUCUGAGCAUGACAGGAGUAAUGCCAUUCGGUCCGCUCGACUUCUUUACGUCGAAGGAAGUCAGAGCUCGUCGAAAUCUUUCUGAACUACUUCCAGCAGCUCUGUUACCGCGGGAUGGUCAAUGGUGUUUUUACGCCGUCGUCAAUAGUCGAGUUGGAGGAAAAAAGAGUGCACAGAAGAUCGGCUUUUUCUUUUGCCGUAUGGGCCAGGGUGGCAUUCCUCAUGUGCCGCUUUCGACAACGACCAGAACUUGCGUGUUCCGGUCGGGUAACUGGAAAGCUGCUCGUCGAUUUUGAUGACGUGCCUAGAUUUCGCACGGGCGACAAGCCGCUUCAAAAUCUAGAGGCACGGUUAUAUUUCCUCUUUAGAACUUUGCAGUUCGGAUUCUUUGUCCUGCGACAGCGCUGCAACUCAAGUUCCAUACGUAUAUUUUCUGCAGUCAGAUGCUGCUUUAACUGACUAAUCGAACCAGGGCUGUGAUCUGCCACCGAUCGGUACUACAGAGCUUGGUAUAAAAAUAUCAGGCAAUGGGAUCAUCCGAAGGGAAAUAAACCUUGCCCCAAGGGUAGAAUGCAGAAAAGGAACACAUCCUAUCCCAAUCUGCUGUCUUGUCGAGCCAAACGUCUGCGAUGUGGCCGUUGGUCCAAAAAGGACGGCAUGUGGCAAUUGACGUUCUGCGAGCCGCUUUAGCGACUCAUCCAAUUGGGACAGACCAUACAAAAUUGCCUACCGUCCUUGUAAUUGAAUUGUAAAAUGACGAGCUUUUUGCUUAUCUAAUCUCAUCAUAUUAUUAUUUGUAGUAAAUUGCCAUCAAUCAAUCAAAUCAUAACGUAUUGAAAAAAAAAAACUUAAACUUUUAAUCUAAUAUUUUGUCAUCAGAUAAUUAUUGCACAUUGGUAUUUCCUGUGACCGAGUUAUUUAUUUGAUGAUUUUAGUCAUUUGAUGUCUUAAUAGAUAUUCUAUUACUUUUCUAAAAUCUCACCCGUCUGAUAUUUAUCGGGUUAGUCUUAAAGUUCGUUGUCUUAGCAGCAAAUUGUCUUUUUUCUUUUUUUGGCAGAAUUUUACUCAAGCAGUGGUAGGUACUGCUUGAACAGUUGUAAUCUGUUAUUUUAGUAACAACUAUCUUCGUUUGGCAUUUAUAAUAUAGACUCAUUGGUAUAAAUUUCUCCUAGGCGGCGACUUACGCUCUCUAUAAAUCAAAAUUCCAAAUCAAUGAAAAGAUAAGAAUAUUCCUGAUGCCGAGAACUUGUACAAAAUGAAUGUUUUGAGUUUAAUAAAUCACGCUGCUAUGUUGUCACUACUUCCACCUUCAAUUUAAUCCUAAACGUUUAGAUAACCUGUUGGAGAAUUGUAAUAAAUGCCCAGUUUGUAACAGGAAUAUUUGUUGUAUAGUAUACAAGUGAUAUAGAUCAUUAUGGAUAAUCUAGAUCUAUCUGAAGAUCAAAAGUUGGUAUUCAGUAUAACACCACUGUUUAAUGUAGUGUUUAUGUAAAUAUUUAAGAGUACAUGUCAGUGUGUAUGUGUAAUUAAUGUAUUGAGUAAUAUGGUACCUACAUAAGUAUUUAAGUUAAUAUAAAAAUGCAGUUGUUAUAAAGAUCUAUUUAUUGUAAAUAAACUUUACUUAUAACAUUCUAA